AUGCUUGUUCUAAGCUAUAUCCUGCCAUAUAUACAAGAAGGGUUUGCUAAGGAAGAGAAAGCGAGUAUCCACUUGUACGAGGCAUCUGAUUGGCCGAGUCUCGAGAAAAAGGCUACCGCGUACAAGGAACCCAUAAGUUUUCUCAACAAGUUCACCACCCCUGUGUCCGGGUUCCAGGAUGAGCAGACUGGUUAUUCGUACGCUGUAGUCCGUCUCACUGCCAAGGGUGACCGGGCUCUGUUCGACCUCUGCCAUAACAAUGUGCAGAGAGAGGUGUGGCGAUUUCCCUCAUACGAGUUUGUUGUUCGUGUUGGCGCUCUCACGGUGAAACAGGUCCGCACCGCUCGGCCAUCGUACGUUAAUGCCAUUUUGAUUGCUUCGCGUGGUGUCAAGACUCGUGAGCCAUGUUCUAUGAGCACCCGCUCUGUCUUUGGGGAGCAUGUACGGAUUCCUGGUUACUGGAAUGGUGCCUGUGCUGGUUGCAAAUGGAUGGAUGGCGGGGCCCGCUGUGACUUUUAUGCUGAUCGUGAGCCCAAGUAUGGGCCGCUUAGUGUUGCAGAGCUUCCGCGCGCUCCAAUUGAGGAGCUAGAGGACUGA